AUGCUUCGAGAUCAGCAGCGCCUCAAAUCGGGCGAGAUUACGAAGCGGGCCCGGGCUCUCUCAGGCGCCCGCCCGCGCCCGUGCACUCGCCCGAAUUAUUGCCGCAAGGUCGAUGCCAAAAAGGGCCUGGCCGCGAGCAAGUUUUGCAGGCGCGGGCCGCAGGGGCCGCAGAAGGCGACGAUGAAGGCGGGGCGGUUCUUGAUCGCGCAGCUGAAGAAGCAGCGCCGCGCAUCCACUUGCACGUCGACGUCGCCCCAGGGGCUGCGAGAGAAAUCGGCUUUGUCCACGGACGGCGUCGUCGUUCCCGCGCCGCUGGCGGGCCCGGCGGAUCGCUUGAAUUUUCUGAAGCGCGACGAGCAACGCAUGCGGCGGACGCAUAGCGAGUCUUUCAAGCCUUCUUGGAACGGCAAGAACGCCGACCACAGCCGGGCACCGCUAUCGAGGGCAGUCUCGUCGCGGGGCGGCUGCUCAGAGGGCGGGUUCUCCACCGUCGCGACUCGCGCGCGCAAGGAGCUCACCGGUGUCGAGUAG